CGAGAAUAUCCAGAAUAAUUUAAUAAUCAAUCGUCCGCUCCGCAUCGAUUCAUCGCUUUUAUUCUUCCAUGCGUUCAGAUCUUGACAAUCUGGAACGACUCCGUCAGAACCUGGAGGAAAAUAUUUCAAAGCUGAAGACUUCCCUUCGGCACUGGCAAACAUGGGAGUUCGAAUACUCGGGACUGAAGGAAGAGUUGGAACGACCGGAGGAGGAACCAAGCGUGGAGAAGAUGCUAGAGAUAGCUCUUGAUCAAGAGUGCGAGGUUCUGGAUGAGAAGGAGAUUAAGUCUUUACUCAACUAUGGCAAACAACCGCCACGAACACGUUCUGAGGUCCUUGCACAAAUACGGGGGCGCAUAGACACUGGGAAGAGAAAUGCUGACACUCUGCGCAAGCUACUUGCAGCUACAGAGGAGAAACUGAACAGUAUGCUCGCUGCAGGUGACAAAUCUUGUGUCGUGGGUGACGCGGAUUUCGAAGGCCAGCAGAUGGAUAUUAUUGAGGAACUAGAUGAUAACGAUAACGUCAUCUCCAGCCGUGUCAUUAACACAUCAAAAGACAGAGAAAAAUUGCGAGAGAUUCUUCGGAGCAAAGGCUUUGCGGAGGAUGAGACGCUAGAAGACCAAAAUGUUCCCGAACAAGACAAUGGAGAAUCUAAAACAGUGCAGCAACAGACGAAUACACAGCCAAGCGAUAAGUAUGAAAGCGUCUCUUCCGCUCCCAAAACAGACAACCAUGGCAUGAAUUCGGCCCCUCCACCGAACAAGAUGCACCCCACGCAACGCAUGCUCGUGCUCGAUGAGAACGACAAGAUCAUAGACUCAAAACCCCUCGAAUUGGUUCACGCCACCGAAAACAGCAGCAGCAUCGAAGAAGAAACAGUCAUAGCACAAAUACGCGAGGCUCGUGCAAAUGCGAAAGAGAUUGCGCCUAUAGUAGCCAGUUUUGAUAUUGAACCUGCGUCGGACGAUGAUACAGAAACAGAUUUGGAAGACUAUGAAGACGAUGAGAACGAUGAGAACGAAUAUGGAAUGAACGACAUUGGCACCGAGUUGACGGAUGAUUACAAAGCGCAGAUGGAAGCGUUAAUGCAAAAGCAUGCCGUGGCAUUGGAGAACGUCGGCCCAAACUUUGAUUACGAAGUUCUUCGAAAAUUGGAGACAGCACACAGGGACUCAGCUUUGGUUGUUUCAUCAGCCAGGCGAGAAGAUGUAAAACCUUCUCAAUCUGCUGCAAGCAGUCGCAAAGGCGUGCGCUUUGCUGAAGAACUUGAUAUCUCCAAGCCUGUGGAAAACAAGGAACUUAGUUCUUCCACCAAUUCGGAGAGGAUACUUGAUAAAAGAGUUUUGAAACCAGUAGCGGAUGCGAUCUUGGAACACUCGUCUCACGAUGCGCCGUCCGAGGGCAGGAUAGGAACGACUCGUAAAGUAUCUCGCUUCAAGACAUUGAGGAACACGACCUUUAACGCAGCCCCGGCUACAAAAUCACCGUCAUAAGGAUUUCAAACGGGAGCUUCGGUUGCUAGGCCAUCCAACACUGGCGCGUUAGUGCAUAAACCAAGAGAGGUAAGUCACUUUGCAGAACCAAGGUAGACUUAUUGUUCCGUAUGGAGCCCAUUUAAGGCACGUAGAAUGUGCGAUAACAGCGGUAUAUUUAUAUUGAUAGAUCUGUAUCUAGUAGCCAGGAUGUAUUAUACAACAGACCUGAAAUUCUCGUGAAUUUGACUUGACUUUUUCC